AUGUUACUUUAUCGCGCGAUAUUUGCCGCUGUGCUCAUCACAUCGCUGGCGAACGGCUUGCAGAACAAGACUGUGGUGAUAAAACAGAGAAUUCGGUCCGUGGUUGGAAAGUACCUAAGAGGUCACGUGUUUAAGACGACAACACAGGCCGCAGACCCCCAGCAUUGUUUGGCGGAUUGUUGGGAGGAGAAUGACCGAUGUCAGAGUUUUAAUUAUCUUCUUGAUUCGAACAUGUGUGAGCUGAACGAAGCGAGCAAUGUGACAAAUCCCGAAGAUCUCAUCAAUAGAUCUAAUGUCGUGUACUUGACGAAUCCUGUUUUGGGGCGCCAACCA